AUGUCAACCAUUACAAUCAAUGGUAAGUACAUCGCCAUUGCUCAUGGGUUGUUUGCUUAUUCUGCCUUCCUAUCAGCAUUGGUCAUAGGUUGUUACUUACAUUAUCAUAAAAUUGUGAAAAAUUCUUCUUUUGGGUAUCCUGAUGAAUGGUUCCCCAGUGUCUCAGCAGCAAUUGGAGAUAGAUAUCCUGAAAGAUCGAUUUUCCAGAUCUUGAUUGCUGUCACUUCAGGUCCAAGAUUCUUAUUAUUAUUACUCAACUUCUUGAAAUGUUAUAAUCCACAAAAAUCCAAUAAAUUAUGUUAUUUUACUAUAAUUUCAGGAGUGAUCAGAACUUUCACUUGCGGUGGAUGGGUAUAUAUUACAUCAACAGAUGAUCAUGAUUGGCAUGAUAUUUUCAUGAUUUCAUACAUAGUCUUAACUAUUCCUUGGACUAUUGGUAUUUCCAAAUUAAGUUCCGGUAGAGCCAAAACUGGUAGAAUCUUGACUGGAUCAAGUUUUUUCUUGACUUUGAUACCUUUGGUGUACUGGUUUAUUCAACACAAAGUUCACGUGAGACCUGGAGCUUAUUCCAUAUAUGCUUACUUUGAAUGGGCAUUGAUCUUAUUAGACGUAGGAUUUGAUUGUUGGUCCAUCUUAGAUUUCCAAGACUUGGAAAUUUCAAUUGGUGGAUCAGGUCUUAAUGUUACUAAAAAAGUUACAAAAUCAUCAAAUAAAAGUGACAAACCACAAAAACUCGUAGUUGAAGAUGAUUUUUCUUUAUUCGAAUUUGUUAUUAAUGUGGUUAAUUCAUUCAUUUUAUGGUCAAUUUUAACCUCCCUUUUCUUAUGUGUCUGGUAUUUCCCACUUUGGCAUAUGGGGAUUUCGGGUUAUGAAGCUUCAAUUGUUGUAUUAUUCUUAGCUCCAUUAUUCAUUUUAGUACCUUUCUUACACAAAGGCAUGGCUAAAUUCCCUUUCAUCACCAGAACUUUAUCGGUAAUCUCAGGUAUCGGUGCCUACAAAGUUCAUGAACCAGAAUAUAAAUUAUUGGCAGUUUCAAUUGGAUCUUUUUUCCUGAUUUUAUCAUUCACCAAUGAGUUAUCAGCUUUGGUUAAGAAUAAUGACCAUAAAAGAUUAUAUAGUUAUUCCGUGGCGUUCAUGACGGGUUUACUUUUAAGUUCCAUAAUCAAAUUUGGUUAUUAUUCAAACAAUCCUAUUUGGGCGGUUAUGCAUAAACCAAAUGGUGGUCAUAAUGAGAUAGGUAUUUUCAUUGGUCUUGUAAGUUCCUUCUUAACUCCAGCAACAACUUUCAAACCUAAAAACCAAAAUCAACUCCAAGGUGGUUCAAUGGUGUUAUCAAUUUUAGGAUUUGGUGGUAUCUUUUUCUGUUUAUUUGCAUAUUUAACUGAUUCAUCCAUUUUAAUUUUCUGGAAUUGGUCUGGAUUCCCAGUCACUGGCCCAACACCAAUAACUGGAGCUUUACCACAUUUUGCAUCCAUUGCGUUUGGUAUUUUAUUCUCAAUUUCGAAUAAAAGAUGGAUUAUUUCAACCAUAGGAUUCCAAAUAGUAGGUUUAUUAGCUGCAGUAUCACUUGUAUUGUUUGAAGACUGGAAUGGAUUCAUAGGAAGUUGUGUUUGGUCCUUCUACUUGUCCUCCAUCUUCCCCCUUGUAGUCUUCACCACUGUUCCUUUCCACUCAGUAAUCUUUUCAUUAUCAUUUUUUGUGUGUAUCAUAUUAUGUCUUGCUAGUGUUUGGAUAGUUGCUUAUGCAUUUGUUCCAGGAGGAUUUUUAUUGAGAGAAAGAACUGAUAUAAUGGUGGGAUUAUCAUACUUAUUCUCAGUUUUAGGAGUUUGGAAUUAUAAACUCAUUUUGAAAAAGUCUAAAGUCGUUAAAUUUGACAUUGGAAAGAUUUGGUCUAAGACUUUAAUAGUAUUAACCAUCUUAUUAUCAUUAUCAACUGCGUUUUUGUUCAGUCGUCAUUUUGAAAAUAGAGAGAUUAAACCUUUUGAACACCAUAAGAGAAGUAAAUCUUUCAAUGCAGGUAUUUGGUGUGUUCAUUUCGGUAUCGAUAAUGACAUGUGGUCAAGUCACGAUAGAAUGAGAGAUUUGAUCAAUGAUGCUGAGUUGGAUAUUAUUGGAUUAUUAGAAACUGAUACUGAAAGAUUGAUUGGAGGUAAUAGAGAUUUUACUCAAAAAAUCGCUGAAGAUUUGAAAAUGUAUGUUGAUUACGGUCCAGGUCCUAAUAAGCAUACAUGGGGAGCUGCUUUAUUAUCUAAAUUCCCUAUCAUUAAAUCACAACACUUCUUAUUACCUUCACCAGUUGGAGAAUUAGCCCCAGCUAUCUUAGCUACAUUAGAUAUUUACGGGGAAUUUGUUGAUGUGGUAGUUUUCCAUUCAGGCCAAGAAGAAGAUGUUGAAGAUAGAAGAUUACAAAGUUUAGCAUUACAAGAUAUAAUGGGUAGUUCAUCAAGACCAAUGGUAUUAUUAAGUUAUUUAGUUACCAAACCAUUAGAAGGUAACUAUUUCACUUAUUCCUCAGAAAAGUCUAGAAUGCAUGAUAUUGAUAGUACUGAUUGGGAUAGAUGGUGUGAAUACAUCAUGUUCCGAGAUUUAAAGAAAGUAGCCUAUGCUAGAAUAUCAAGAUCCACCAUCACUGAUACUGAAUUACAAGUUGGGAAAUUUAAAUUGCUCGAUGGUAAUUACGAGGAUGAUUUCUUGUAUGAUAAUAAUUUCAUUGAUGAAAAAGAUGUGCCGGAGGAUUUACGUAUGCCAGGGAAGUUUAAAGGUAGAGGUAUCAGGGGGCAUAAAUAUCAUGUGUUUAAGAAACCUAGAUAUUUCCAAUUGAGCCCUUAA